CUCCGACUCCCUGGAUUAUGGACCCGUUUCCCUUGCUCUCCCGCAACGCAUGCGUCCAAUGAUCGCCACCGCACCGUAUGACUUUCGCGUACUAUGAGCGGCGGUGUCUACGGCGGUGACGAAGUCGGCGCUAUCAUAUUUGACAUCGGUCACCAAAGUCUGAGGGUCGGAUAUGGCGGCGAAGAUUCUCCGAAAGCUGAAGUACCUACCAGCCUUGGUGUUUGGGAGGAUAACGCGGAUACGCAACAGGAUAAUCAGACGGCAAAAAAACGAUUCAACAUCGACACCACAGCUAUACAAGUCCGAAAGAAAGACAUGGAGAUCGUAAGCCUGAUGAAAGACGGGAUGAUAGAGGAUUGGGACAUGUUCGAAAGACUCGCCGAAUACACUUACAAAAAUCGACUGCACGCCGUACCGGAACACCAUCCGAUUCUGAUGACGGAGUGUCCUUGGAACACCAGAUUCAAACGGGAGAAACUACUCGAGUUGAUGUUCGAAAAAUUCAACGUUCCGGCGAUGUACAUUUGCAAGAACGCCGUACUGGCGGCCUACGCGAACGGUAGAUCAACGGCGAUGGUCGUCGACAGCGGCGCUACCCACACCAGCGCUGUUCCCGUCCACGACGGCUACGUCAUAACCCAAGGGAUAGUCAAGAGUCCUUUGGGCGGCGAUUUCGUAACAAUGCAGUGCAAGCAAUUCUUGGAAGACAAGGACAUAGAGCUGGUGCCGGCUUGCCUGGUGGCGGCGAAGGAUGUCGUGAGGGAACAGGACCCCCCUCGAUGGACCCGUCGUCCCGGUCCCCAGCCCACCACCACCUGGCUGAACCACAUGGUACGCGAACUCCUUCAGGAUUUUCAGACGAACACACUACAGAUAUCGGACAGCCCAUACGACGAGGACGUCGCCAGUUCGCUGCCGAUGAAACGCUACGAAUUCCCGACGGGUUAUAACGACGAUUUCGGUUCCACCAGACUCAUGAUACCCGAAGCGCUCUUCGAUCCGAGCAACGUCAAGGGGGUGGGCGCCAGCAUCCUGGGUAUCGGUCCUCUGGUGACGACGAGCGUCGGGAUGUGCGACAUGGACAUCAGACCGAGUUUGUACGGAAGCGUGGUUGUGACGGGUGGCAACUCUUGUCUGGCGGGUUUCAGCGACCGACUUAACCGGGACCUGGUCAGCAAAACGCCACCGAGUAUGAGACUGAAAAUAAUUUGUGCUAAUAGUUCGAGCGAACGUCGUUACGGUGCUUGGAUCGGCGGUUCGAUUUUGAGCUCGUUGGGAUCUUUCCAACAAAUGUGGUUGUCGCGCCAGGAGUACGAGGAAUCUGGUAAAAUAAUUUUAGACAGAUGCGCGUGAGACGAUCGAUUUUGUUGUUUUUUUUUUUUUUUUUUCGGUUU